AUGUCGAGCGACGAGCUAGAGAAAAUAUCCCAGCCCGAGUACUUCCAGCGCCUCAAACAGCUUCAAGGCAUGGGGUUCGGCAACGACGCCGCCGCCGAUGCUCUCCAUGAAGCCAACUUCGACGUGGAGCUGGCUGUCCAGUAUCUGACCGACGGCAACCCGUUUCGCAUGGAUCUCGACAAGGGAACGGCGGCUGCUGAUUUUCUUGCUGAACCGCCUUUCUUGAGCCUUGAGGCAGUGCUCGAUGGGGCCCCCUUGGAGAAGCACGAGUCCUACAUCCAUGCCGGGGCCUCUGUCACUGCCCCGACAAGAUGCAAAUGUCCAGGAACUGGUCGAGAGAGGGAGAACGACGACGAAGACGUCAUCCGCCAAAUCAAAGAGGACAAGUGGGCUGCUGGACCGUCCUCCAAGAAGCCACAGAAGAAAAUGCCGCCGCCCGAAAUCCCCAAGUCUUCGCCUCCAAAGCCCAAACCUGAACAACUUCGAGACUUGCGCGUCGGCAUCAUUGGAGCGGGUUUCACCGGACUCCUGCUCGCCCAUGGCCUGCGCCGGCACGGGGGCAUCGAGGUUGACAUUUAG